AUGGACCCCAACCAGUCUCAACCUUCCUCCCUACACCUUGGGCCUUAUCCGAGCAUUUCACUUUUGUCCGCGUUACUAUCACACUCGGCAGCAACAACGCCUCCGUCGGCCAAAAUUCUCCUAAAAAUUUGCCGUAAUGUUGAGCGGGACCUCGAUUAUGUCACUCGCCUGCAAGAAGAAGUCCAGCUCACCUUGAACACCUAUCCUGCGUACCACGCUGAUUGGAUCGACGAGGUGCGCCGAGCAGCCUCCGAAGCACUCCAUCUUGUAAACAAGCACAUCGAAUCCAAGAUGCCCGGGACGCAGCCACUGUCUCUACUCAAAGGAAGUGCGAGCGACCUACAGACCAAAAUUGCGAACGUGGUCACUCCCAGCAAGAAGGACACCGAGGGCAUUAACAACUUGCGAGCAGACCUGAGCCUGGCCCACGCAAGCUUGAUGGGGGCCGCGGGAUUCAUGCAACAAAUAGCCCUUCGACAAGGUGAGCUCACGCUAAAUAGGACGCAGCUCCAUCGGUUCAGGACUCUGUCAUCAGGAUCAGAGGGACAGGACACGAGCCAGAGCGUGGCCGUAGUAACUCCAAGGGAAACAUCAACCCCGGGAUAA